GUCGCGGAACAUCAGAAAAACAACCACUGCAGACGGGGCUGUAUUACGAAGAAGAGCCGCACAUUACCAGAGGACGGCGUUAAUAUUGUGCAGGAUCUUUAAAACAAGCUUUCAUUCACUGAAACCACGUUUUGUUUUCUGCUCCUGACUGCGGGCUACUCACGGUGACAAGCCUGAAACUGGGGAGGCUUUCGAGCUUGCUUUCCGUCUUCUGAACACCAAACGAGAAAUAUCAACAGAAUCAUGGCGGGUCGAGCUCCAUCUAUAGCGUGUAUCUGCGUGAUAGGAAAGCAAAACAACCCCCUCCACAUAUCUCUAUUUCCACCAGAGAAGAGAGCACCAUUAGAAUUCUCCUUGCUUCUGUCAUCAUGCUUGGACAUAUUCGAAGCUCGUCUCCCACGCCACACUGUUGAUCAAGACUUCGGGUUGCUCCAAGCCGUGGACGAUCGGCUUUCGAUGUACGGCUGGCUCACCAACACGGGCGUGAAGUUCGUAGUUGUAGUCGAUAUGGAAGGCCGGCCUGCUACUGUUUCCGAGAGCAGAAACUCUGCCGUCGUGGGUAUCAGAGAUGCCGAUCUAAAACCAGCCUUUCGGGCAUUGCAAACCGCAUACAUUAGCCUAUUACGAAAUCCAUUCUAUGACCCAGAUGAGCAUUCACCAGCAACAGCGAACGCGGAGCAGAGAGUCGGGUCUACUCAAAUCACGAGUCGUAAUUUCAUCCGGGAAGUGAAGCGAAUCGGAGAUUCUUGGGCUCCUGGCGUCACCAAUCUUUGAGUCACGCAUCAUCACAGCGAUUCGGCAGCUCAAUAUUGCAGCAUUUGUGGCGUUCAGUUUGUUUCCAUUCAGUUUGCGGAGGUACAUUCUCUUCUGUGUGUGACAGCAAUCCGAUUUCCCCAAAAACCUCUUUUCCAUAGACGGUCCCUCGGUGAGAGGAUUCAAGACUCCACGAAAUUCAGAAGUAAUCUUCAUGACCCUUGUUACUCCUUGUGGCAUACCAUGACAAUCCAUAAUGCCAAGAGAAAAGCUUCUCUGGUCUGUCUCGCUUGCCCAAGCGCUAGGCGAUCUUCCGAGGUCUUCGACUUCAACAUCUCAUUCAAAGCUGCAAGGCUGCCUUGUACAUAUCCUUUCAUUCCAGCUCAAUGCCUCGAAAUGUCUCUUCUACUGGC